AUGCAGUUCAUUCUUCUCGCCAUAUCCCUCGCUGGACUGAGCAGCGCAAUGGACAUCGAAAAGCGUUACAGCAAGAGCUCUUCGGAAAUGUACUAUGAGGCCGUCAAUGAUGACUUGGCCCGCUAUACAAUCCUCGCGCUCGGUUGUGCCGCUGCCGCAUACUACAUCUGGCAUCUUUCUUUCCGCUUCUCGGCCCAUCUGCGCCGUCUGUCCAGCUUCAGCGAUGAUAGACAACGGUACUUUGUCUCUGCUCAUGAUACCUUCUCCUGGGUUAAGGAGCACAUCGUCUACGCAGCACUGUUCCGCACCCGUCAUAACCAGGAAAUGCAGCUUUCCUCAGCUAUCAACAUGGGUACCUUGCCCAGUCGUUUCCAUGCAUUCCUUGUCACCGGUAUCGUCGCCAUGAACGUGGCACUUUGCUGCGUUACCACCCCCUAUGGCUCCAAAGAGGACACCGUUGCCGGUGUCGUGCGUAACCGUACCGGUACUAUGGCCACUGUCAACAUGAUCCCUCUGAUUAUCAUGGCAGGCCGUAACAACCCCCUGAUCGCCAUGCUCCACGUGCCCUUCGACACAUGGAACUUGCUCCACAGAUGGCUGGGCCGCAUUGUAGUCUUGGAGGCUCUCGCCCACGUAUUUGCCUGGGCAAUCCCCAAGGGCCAGGAGAAGGGUUGGAAGGUCGUCGCCAUGGCCUUGGGAGGAAGCAGCUUCCUGUUCACCGGCCUGGUGGCUGCCGCAGCCUUCGCCGCGCUCUUGGUGCACUCGCCCUCGCCCAUCCGCCAUGCCUUCUACGAGACAUUCCUGCACCUCCACUUCGCCAUUGCAGCCGUCUCCAUCGGCUUCCUCUGGGUUCACCUAGACGGUUUAGCGGCGCAAACCUACCUGCUCGCAGCCAUCAUCCUCUGGGCCCUGGAGCGUGCCACCCGCCUCCUGAUCAUCCUCUACCGCAACUGCGGUCGCGAAUCAACAACCGCAACCAUCGAAGCCAUGCCCGGCGAUGCAAUGCGCAUCACCCUGCGCGUAGCCCGCCCCUGGACCUUCCGCCCCGGCCAGCACAUCUACCUCUACAUCCCGUCGGUGGGAUGGUGGACCUCGCACCCCUUCUCCGUCGGCUGGAGCGACACAGAGGACAACAUGUCGGACGAGAAGUCCCUCCCCCUGACCAAAUCAGACCUCCUCAGCGCGCCCCAAAAAGAAACAAUCUCCCUGCUCGUUCGCCGCCGCACAGGAAUGACCGACAAGCUCUUCCAGCGCGCCGCAAACUCAAUGGGCACACCGCUGACUGUCCGUGCCUUCGCCGAAGGCCCAUACGGUAACAUCCACACAAUGGACUCCUACGGCACAGUAAUGCUCUUCGCCGGCGGCGUCGGCAUAACACACCACGUUCCCUUCGUCCGCCACCUCGUAGCCGGUUUCGCAGAUGGGACCGUCGCCGCACGCCGCGUCACUCUCGUCUGGAUCAUCCAGUCACCUGAGCACCUGGAGUGGAUUCGGCCCUGGAUGACCAAGAUACUGGCUAUGGAUCGCCGCCGUGAAGUCCUGCGUAUUAUGCUGUUUGUUACCAGACCUCGGAAUACGAAGGAGAUCCAGAGCCCCUCUGCUACUGUGCAGAUGUUCCCUGGCCGUCCUAAUAUCGAUACUUUGAUUGGGAUGGAGGUUGAGAAUCAGAUUGGCGCUAUGGGUGUGCUUGUUUGUGGUAAUGGUGGGUUGAGUGAUGAUGUUCGCAAAGUUUGUCGGAGGAGACAGGCUCAUUCCAAUCUUGAUUAUGUGGAAGAAAGUUUCUCUUGGUAG